AUGGCUUCCCGGACCACGCUGGCGCUGUGCAUGGCGGCCUGCCUGGCCCUCUCCGCCGCAGCUGCCCUCCCACCCUUCUCCCAGACGACCGCCAUCCCCUUCCUCCAGGGCGUGACUUACUUCCUGGACCCCGUCACCUUCUCCUCUGGCGGUGCCGCCGUGGUCAAUGGCACCACCUUCAUCCGCGCCACUAUCACCCCCGCGGGCCUCGUCACCGAGCAGGGCACCUACACCAGCUGGCAGUGCGGCACCGAGCCUGGCUCAUACGUCGCCCUCACCGCUGUGACCACCACAAACUCGGACAACACCACCACCACUGUCGAGAAGUGCGAGUACGGUGUGCUGGAUAUGACGAUGAACACGGUGGCAAUGGACCAGGCCAUCAGACAAGUGCUGGAAAAAUGGGGCGUGAUGGGAAACAGGGUGGCGGGGACAGAGCGAUGGGGGGAUCCUAAUAAUAGAGGGAUUUGA